GGUACCUAGGCAGUACAGUGACGUACAUGUAGGUAAUCAGGUCUGUCCAGUGUAAAGCUACCUAACUUAAUGUGGUCCAAGCUCCACGGAAGCCCCGUCUAUCCGCCCCGUAACUUCCAAGACGCGGUUCACGCUGUAGGUAGCUUCAAAUGCUCUCUAUCCUCGUGGCUCGUGGGCAGGUCUGCAUGCGGUAAUCGCGUCACUCUCCCGCACCUCACCUACCACGCCACCAGAAGAAAAAAAAAAAAACAACCACCACAUCUAUUGGCGCAACAUCAAACCAUCCAUUCUAAGUCGCAUUGUCCUCUAUAACUUAACUCUACACACUUAUAAUUGGCAGGGUAUUAUCGUAUAAGCUCUCCACUUUGCGACACCUUCAAUUCAGACAAAGCUCCAUCAUAACAAUUCUAACAUUAUAAUAAUUUCAUCCGUAUAUACAAUCUCUAUCGCAAUGGCGGAACCAACCCCAAAUGAUACUACGACUUUGUCUGCCAUUCCAUCUGCCGUCACAUCAGCUGUUCCGUCAGCCGCAGGCACUCCCCAAUCUCUACCUCCCAUGGAUCCUGAAGAGCGCGCCAAGUCCUUACACGUGUCGCUAGCCGACUUAACGGCUAGAGCUAAUGCGCUAUACGCGCAAAAGAAGUAUGAGGAGGCAGCCGAGGUAUUCUCUCAAGCUACCGAGAUGCAGGCCGAGAUUAAUGGCGAGAUGGCCCCCGAAAAUGCGGAUAUCCUAUUCCUCUACGGACGCAGCCUCUUCAAGGUCGGUCAGAGCAAAAGUGACGUCCUAGGCGGGAAGCCAACGGGCGAAAAGAAGUCGAAGGGAAAGAAGUCCCAAGCCGAAUCAUCGACUGCCAAUGCGACCAACGAUAAGAAGGCUGAAGCAGAGAAAGACGCGGAGGAAGAAGUCGCAAUUGUUGCGAAGGAUGGGGCCGAUAAUGAAAAGGUGCCCGAUGCUAAGAAACCGCUAUUCCAAUUCACAGGCGAUGAGAACUUUGAAGACUCGGAUGAAGAAGAGGAGGCUGAAGGUGAAGAGGAAGAGGAAGAAGACGACGAUUUAGCCGUUGCCUUCGAGAUUUUGGACUUAGCACGCCUUCUUUUCGAAAAGUCUUUAGAACGAGAAAAUGAAGAUACUUCAGAAGGGAAAGGAAAAGAGAAGGCCGAAGAGGACAGUCCUACCGUCAAACAUAUCAAGGAACGCCUUGCCGAUACACACGACCUUCUGGCAGAGAUCUCCCUCGAGAACGAGAAGUACCCAUUAGCAAUUAACGAUUGCCGUGCCUCUCUGAAGUACAAGGAGGGACUUUACUCCCAGGACUCGGAGAUAAUCGCCGAAGCGCAUUUCAAACUUUCCCUAGCCCUCGAGUUCGCAUCCGUCACCACGAGCGCCGAAGACGAAGCUGGCGCAGGAGGACCGAAACCGGUUGACGAAGCAUUACGGAAGGAAGCGGCUGAAGAGCUAGAAAAGGCUAUCGUGAGCACGAAGCUCAAGCUCGAUGCUAAGGAGGUCGACCUCGCGAUGCUUCACGCGCCCGAGGACAACGAAGCGACGCGGAAGCAGAUCGCCGAGGUCAAGGAGCUGAUCGCGGACAUGGAGCAACGGCUUGUGGAACUCCGAAAACCCCCCAUGGACGUCAACUCGGUCCUCGCGGCCGACGACACCGUACUCGGCGUGCUCGGCAGCGCUCUCGGCGAGUCGGCCGCGAAUAAGGAAGCGAGACUCGAGGAGGCGAAGAAGAGCGCCAAGGACGUGUCCGGUCUCGUGCGCAAGAAGGCCAAGGACGACCACCCGAAGCCCGAGACCGAAGCCGAAACCGAGCAGAAACAGCAGCAGCAGCCGAAGGAGGAGACUAACGGGAAACGCAAGGCCGAGGAUGCCGCGCCCGGCGAGGAAGAGACUAAAAAAGCCAAGGUCGAAGAAGAGCCUGCGCAGUCCUAAUCUAGCCUCGAAGGGACAAAUCAAGCGUGAAGGAAGGGGCGGGUAGUGGAAUGUGCUGUGCUCUCUAGAUGGGACUGGACUUCCUGAGAUCAUGGAUAGUUGCUUGUGGGGCAAUCGACGGGAACUGUAUACUAUCAUGUAAAAAUAAAAAAAUAAAAAAGGCAAACCGGGCUUCGACGAAUGGAGUAACCUACUGGGUGGAAGAAG